GGUGUCAACAGCUGCAGAGCUGGAGGAGGCUGGCGCUGUUCGGGGUACCGUCCGCCGUCUACCUUCCGCGGGCGGCUGCAGACGGUCCCGCGUCGGGCAGGUUUACGUGGGUCGGUUGGUUCCCGUGCCCGGUUUUGUUAUCCCGAAGUCAUCGCCAGUGUGUGGAGCCUGCGCCACACCUGCCCCCUGCCGAAUCACGGCCUUCACCUGCGUGCUCCAGUGUUUCCCCUGCGACCCGUCGUGUAGGAGGACCUCCUGGGCCACCUCCGAGUUCACGCAGCAUUCGGUGGCGCCAAUGGUGAAGAUGACCCGGUCCAAGACAUUCCAAGCGUACCUGCCUUCGUGCCAUCGCACGUACAGCUGCAUCCAUUGCAGGGCUCACCUGGCCAACCACGAUGAACUAAUCUCAAAGUCUUUCCAAGGAAGUCAAGGGCGAGCCUAUCUCUUCAAUUCAGUAGUCAACGUGGGCUGCGGUCCGGCAGAGGAGCGAAUUCUGCUAACGGGACUCCACGCCGUGGCUGAUAUUUACUGUGAAAAUUGCAAAACUACACUUGGUUGGAAAUAUGAACACGCCUUUGAGAGCAGUCAGAAAUAUAAAGAAGGCAAAUACAUCAUCGAAUUAGCUCACAUGAUCAAAGAUAACGGCUGGGAUUGAACCGCCGGACGGAAAGAAUGACGACUGAUCCACGCGAGCGUUCACUCUUUACGACUGGACAUUUAUCUCCGAGAACGAGCAAGCGACUGGCACUCGCUGGGGUUCCACGCAUACGGGGGCUUCGUUGUCGUCCUGAGACACGCUUCCUCGCACCCCCCACCCACCCAACAUCUCUGCCAUCCUGAAUCGGCGACCGGCUGCCCACUCCGUCUCUUUGCUUUUCGUAUCCGUUUGUGAGUCCAACCUCGAGUUAGCGUUCUAGUCUUCCUCUUGCGCUAUUCUGGCAUUGUGUUGCGUUGCGUUGUUGUUUCUUCUUUUUUUUUCCUUUUUUUUUAACAACGACAAAAAUCAAGGAACGAACCCAAUGCCAAACCGUUACACAACUUAUGUGUCUCAGGAG